CACAGCAUAUCAUUGUCAUAACGUCAAAAACAACAAAGCCGAAAGAGUGUUCAUAGUGUUUUAGCUGAAUCAACGUUGGUUCCAGAGGAGAGAAGAUAAUCAAAGGAUGAGGUGUGUCGUCUUCUGAUUUUAAAUUAUUUCAGGAGUACUCGGUUAGUAGUAAAAUGACUGGCCCAAAAGGGUUGACAGUAUGGACAUCUUCCAUGUUUAUCAUUGGAGCAAUAGCCGGUAUUGGAGUACUGUCCCUACCUAAAGCUGUAGAAGAUACGGGAUGGAUUGGCCUGUUUUUCAUUUUCGUAUUCAUAGUGAAGUCGGCAUACACAGCUACACUGAUAGGGAAAUGUUGGGUGAUGAUCGAGGACAGAUACCCCGAAUAUAGAUCACACGUGCCUGACCCCUACCCAAUUAUUGGAGAGAAAGCAUUUGGCACUUUCGGCAGGAACUUAGUUACAGUUACUAACAGUAUUUUCAACUUUGGAACGGCUGUUGUGUUUAUGGUACUUGCUGCAAAUAACGCCGUAACAUUACUAGCGAACUACACAGACGUCUCUUUCUGUUACUGGUUACUGGUUCUGAGCGUUAUCUUGGCGCCAAUGACAUGUCUUGGAACGCCCAAAACCUUUUGGUAUAUUGGAAUAGGUGCAACUAUAUCUACAGGCAUAGCUUGUGUGCUGAUAGUUAUCCAAACAGUCAUGGACAAACACAAACAAACAACCGUAUAUCAUUCCGAAACAAGUACAUUGAAGAUAUUUACAGCCUGCGGAAAAAUGGUAUUUGCUGUAGCAGGUCACUCAAUUUUUCCUACAAUUAUUACUGAUAUGAAGAAGAAAAAAGAUUUUUACAAAAGUGCUCUUUUAGGAUAUGGAAUUGUAUUGUUGAUGUACCUGCCCACGGCACUCUCUGGAUACCUGGCGUAUGGACGAGAUGUAAAUGUGAAUGUACUUAAAAGCCUGUCUGUUGGUAAUCUUGCUCACAUUACAGAAAUCCUGAUAACAAUCCACCUUCUAUUCGGAUUUGUCAUUUUUAUGAAUCCUAUUUGUCAACAAUUUGAAGCUAUUGUUGGUGUCCCGGAAGAGUUCACGUGGAAAAGAUGUGUGGUUCGUCCUAUAAUUGUAUUAGCAGUCCUCUUCGUUUCUGAAAGUGUACCUCAUUUUGGAACGGUCCUGUCCUUAGUUGGAGGUUCUGCCACGACGUUAUUAGCCUACGUUUUCCCAUGUGUUUUCUAUAUGAAACUCUGUAGAGAUGUAAACGAGGAGCUAAAACUUGACCCACAUCACGUGAUUAACAAAGAAGGUACGUUGACUCAGAAAUCAAUCGAGUAUUCUCCGUUAUUAGACCAUUUGACUGGAGAGGAAGAAAGUGAGGGUGCGUUUGAAUGUGAAACAUCGGAAGCCAGUUCACCGGCGUCUUCAAGAACAAGAAUCAGCGAGCCAAUCGUUAUUCCAAUGUGGCAGAAACUUUUAAACACCAAGAUAGUAAUAAUUGGCAUAUUAGGGGGCACGGCAGCAACAGUGUCCGCCAUUAUUGAUAUUACAAAUCCAGAGAGUUUGUCCGUUCCAUGUUAUGUCAGUUUACAAGGAGCAGGAACAUGAAUUACGUUUACCUCCAUUGGUUUUCUUUUCCGUGUCUAGUUCUAGAGAACACAAAGCUAGUAGAGGUAUAUGAAGGUUUAUGUAAAAACCAGAAGAAGAUAUACGUUGAAUAUCAAUUGAAAAGACAAAUGAUUAACAACUAGUUAGGCUGCAAAGAUUCAAGGUUAUAAAUGAUUGUAAUUGAUAUUUGAA